GUCAAUUAAAAAAUCAACUUGUACGAAAUUCAGUCAGUUACGUCAAUGUGAAUGCAGAUAAAAGAAGAGGUGUUCUUGCAAAAUUUGGAUAAACCCUUCUCCAAUUUCACACUAAAUGAACUAGGAUUUGAUUGCAUAAAAUUCCGAAAAGCUGUAAACAAGAUUAACCAUGGUUCGUGUGGGAACGCUCGUCUUAGGCAUUAUUCUGCUCCACCUCUCUAUCACCGUUGUAUUUGGACAGGAAGUAAGGAUCAAGGACGGUGAAAAAGAACGAAGACGCCUACCACCACCCCCACCACCACCUUCCUCCCCUGAGUCUUCCGAUUCUUUGGGGGACUUUACUCGCAAUUUCGCCUCAAAACAUGGCGAAAAGGUGGCGCUCACAGUAUUCCAGGAGGGCAAUAUCGAAGCCAGGAUACCUCUGUAUAUAAAGGACCUUUCCCGUCGGAAUAGAACCCAAGCCAAGGAAACCGCACAAAUCUACGCCGACCUGCAAGAACAACUUUCCGUUGACGAAAAGGCGAACGAAGCCUGGACCGUGGUCACGCGGGGGAAGGCGGGAAGUAUGGGGGACGUGAUUGACGCAGCAUAUAGGCUCGACGCCAGCCUGGGCGAGGGAAAUGGGACGGCGGAAAGUACUGGAAUGGUUUCCGGAAGGCAAAGACGAGGUUUCUGGCGUUGGUUAAGGAGAAACUGGAGAACCAUUGUUCGCGUCAUUAUUGCCGUUGUGCAAGCUGUCCAGAAUGGGAAUAGAGGAUAAUAAUUAAUUCCUCCUUAAUAGUUGCGGGUUUUGGAUCGCCGAUCGGGUGCCUCCUCAACUUAAAAAGAUAAGCAUAGCAAAUAAUAAGUAAAAAUUAAAUAUUAUUUUUUCAUCGGAGAAAAAAAAAUCUAAAUUCUAAUCUCCAAAUUUUGAGAACCUAAGAAUUAUCGAUUUUUGAACGAAAUCAAAUCUUACUUUUGUAAAAAUCCCACGGUGAUGAACAGGUUUCAAAAUCGUCAUUUGAAUACAUCUGUAGAAGAAGGGAAAGUUGAGACACAAAUUCGAAACCCGCAUAUAAUGUCACCUUAAGUACCAAUGAUUUGUGUAGUUUUGCAAAAACUUAUUCAGCAAUAAAUUAAGGUUUGGAAAUUUAAUAAAAUUUAAUCUCCGAAAUUUU